AUGUCGGCCGUCGCAUCAUCUUCACGUCCCAGGGUCUCGGAGAGGAGGAAAAAGGAGGAGAGAGGGAUAGAUCCAGGCAAUGCAGAUAGACAGCAGAAGGCAGCUAUGAUAAGUAGAAAACGAGGGACUAUAGUGAAGUACUGGUGCAAGGAAAAGGAUUGUCCGGAAAGCAAACCUGAGCCGGACAGGAGCAGAAUUCAGUUAAGAGGCAGGUGCCAUUCUACGGAGAAGCAAGAAAGAGUCGAACAGGCCGUUCAAGCCAAGGAAAGUGGAGAAGAGGGAAGUAUGCGUCAAGUUAGGGACAGACAAAAAGAUACGAGAACAAUCCGGCAAUAG